UAGACCUUCUAGCCUUGAACUUGUAAGGUCAACCCAUCAUGUUUACUGCAUUACUACGUUUGGACUGGUAAAAGUUUAAUCUUUUGUUCAAUUUACAGAAAACUAGUAAAGGAUAGUCCACCAAGUUAUGUGGCUAUUUACUAACAGAGAUUCAGACAGCUUGUUGGGAUCAGCUACCUCAUUAGGCUUGAACUUUUCUCAUGACCCAGUCCCUGGUUUCUCUAUUGACCCACCCAACUCAGAACCAUUAGGAACGAUUUAUGGUCCAUAUGAUUUCAAAUGGCGACUUCUCCCUGGUCAGAAAAAGAAAACCAAAGAAGAGGUUACUUUGUUUGUGUGCAACCUAAGUUCGAAUGCUGCAACCAGGGAAGCUAGUACUAUUCUGUCUGUUUUUCAAAGCACAGUCAAGUGGAUGAAAACAUUACGUCAUCCAAAUAUGCUUACUUGGAUCGGUGGAUCAGAGAUUGGUUCAGGGAAAUUACCUAAUGAAAUUGGCUUUGUUACGGAACGUGUUCUACCAUUACGGGAAUAUCUACGCAUUAAAGCAGAUUGUGGAAAUUUCAACCUUCUCUCUUCAUGGGGUAUACAUCAGAUCGCCAAAGCGUUAGUUUUCUUAAAUGAUGACGGUAAAUUGGCACAUAAUGCUGUGCGUUUAGAUAGCGUAUUUGUAACUACAGCUGGUGAAUGGAAAUUAGGCGCUUUAGAUUUUGUCGGACCUGUCAAUGAACCUCCACCGUCUACUAGACAAACAGCAGGUUUUGUGGAUGCAAAUACAACAGAUCCGUACAUGCCUCCAGACAAUCGUCUCGUUGAUUCAUGGGGUUUGGGAUGUUUAAUAUGGGAAAUAUUUAAUCCGUCUUCAAUAUUAAAAGAUCGCGCUCAGUUAAUUGAAUCUUCAUAUUCGAAGAGAAUUCCUAAAGCAUUAGUACAUGAUUAUCGACGUCUCAUUGCUCAAAGUGCUACAAAAGGUGGAGUGAAACGAUUCACCGUGUCUCAAUUUCUCCAGUCAACUCGUAAUUCAGAAAAACAAGGAUUUUUAGCCAAUGAUUACGUAGAUACAUUAUUAUUUUUAGAAGAGAUUGAAUUAAAGGAUAGUAUGGAAAAAUCAACAUUUUUAAAAAAUCUUGCCACACAAAUAACAAGUUUCCCAGAUGAUGUAUGCCGUCAUAAAAUACUACCUCAUUUAGUUAAUGGUUUACGUUAUGGAUCUGCUGGAGUUGAUGCUCUUCUACCUGUAUUGCGUCUUAUUCCAUUGUUAUCGGAUAAUGAUUUUCAAACCUAUGUUCUCCCAUGUCUUUUAAAAUUGUUCUCAUCACCUGAACGUGCAACACGUGUACGCCUUUUAGAACAUCUACCUGAUUUUGUACAACAUUUGCAAACAAAAUGUAUAGAAACACAAAUUUUCGGUCCAGUUUCUGCUGGUUUCACAGAUACACAUCCGGUUGUACGUGAAGCAACUGUACGUGCAAUGAUUCAUUUGGCACCAAAACUUUCAACAAAACUACUAAAUGAGAAUUUAAUAAAGCACAUAAUAACAUUACAGUCACGGGAUGCACAAGGUGGAAUUCGUACUAAUGCAACUGUAUGUUUAGCAAAAUUAGCAUCAUAUUUUUCAACACAAACACAACAAGGUCCAAUUUUAGGUGCUUUUCUUCGAGCAACUCGUGAUUCAUUCUUGCCGAAUCGUCAAGCAGCAAUAACUGCCUUAGCUGCUACACAAGAAUAUUAUACAAAUGAUUUAUUAGCUGGAAAAGUCCUACCCUGUUUGUCAUUCUUAACGACUGAUACAGAGAAGUCAAUACGUGAUGAUACAUUUCGUGCCAUACGUGGUAUACUUGAUCGAUUGGAACAUGCUAGUGAACAUAACACAUCUAAUCAAGUGACAAGUGAUAAUCAAACAUCAAGUGCAGAUAAUACUUCACGAACUGGUACAAGUGGAGCAUCUUCAGCCAGUGCACUUACUCAAUGGGCUUUGUCUGCUUUGUCAUUUUCUACUCGUAUUUUACCAUCAUCAUCAACAACGACAACUACAGCCACGACAAAAUCGUUUGAUACAGAUGUACAAUCAACGUCCGAUCCUUCUUUAUCAUCGUCAGCAUCACAACUCAAUAGAAACUCAAAUAGCUUAGAAAGAAUUGAAGAAAAACAGUGCAGUAAUAAUAUUUUAGGAAAUUCCAAUAAAUCUGCUCGAAUAAUUUCACCUAAAUCAGCCUCAAAGUCGACUGUUAAUCAUGACAAAGAAUCAAAUUCAUGGGAUCUUAUGGACAAUACUAAUAAUCCUGCUGAUGAUGAUGACGGUGGUGAUGAUGAUUGGAAUUUAGAUAUAAAUGAUGUUUUUGAAGAUGUAGAUGACAGUAAAUCAACAUUAAAUCAUAACUCAGAAAAUAAAAAAAUUUUAUCAGAGUCUAAUAUUCCCCCACUUACACCUUCAUCCUAUUGGGAUUAUCAACCAUCAUGUAAUCAAGAAACAAAGAAUAAAAUUGACUUGGAUUGGAAUUCAAAUGAAUUUUUUGAUAGUCUUACUCUAAACGAGAAUCCAAUUGAAAAGAGAACAAUUACAAAGAAAUCAACUGUUAAAUUAUCACAUUCUUCAGAUAUAAUGAAAAGCUUACCGUCGACAAAUCAUUCGAAUUAUCAAUCAAAAAAGUCAUCAUCUGAACAUGUUCCAACUCGAACUAAUUCUAGUAAAACUGAUAAACCUAUAAAAUCAUCGAAAAGACAACAAAGUGAAUCAAAUAAAUCAAACGUUGUCAAUAAUGCUAGUAAUGAUGAUGGUGAUGACUGGGGUGAUUGGUAGUGUCUACUCUUCAUCGUAUCGUUAAUCAUUAUUACUUCAAUGAUUUGUUUUUAACCUUGCUUUCUUACUGGCUAGUUGUAAAUAGUCACUCUCUCUCAAAAAAAAAUAAUAAUAAAGGAUAGUUUCUGUGCAUGUUUAUAUGUCUGUCUGUUUGCAGUUGUCAAGUAUUUGUGAAUUCGAUACCUAAUCGAAUUGAUGACGGUGGUCAAAGUAAUCCUGUGUACACUGUGUAACUUACAGAAAUAUUCUAUUCUGUGUUUGUCAUUGUAAACUCUAAUUCUCUCACUUCUGAUUAAAAUACAAGUUGAUCAAUGGAUUUGUGUAACAAUAUUGUUUUAUUAAUCUAAAUGAUUGAUCAUAUACUAUUACGCAAUAUUUAUUUCAUAAAGUGCCUUAUUCUAACGAUUUACUUUAAUAUGGAUAUAGGUUGUGUCUAUUUGUUUAUUUAUUUGUGAAUAACAUAUCUUAUUUUAAAUUUUCUUUCCUCUAUUUUAUUUUAUCUACUUUCUUCCUUUUUUUUCUCAUCCAGUAUAUUCUUGUUUCUAAGUAAAUAAUACAUAUUUCAUUAUGAGUAAAAUAUUAACACUUACAUGAUGAAAGC